AUGCUGGAGUCAGCAGGGCAGCCUCGAACGCUCGCCUCCGCGGCGUCGGAGCUCCGCUCGCUGCACGAGGCGCUGGCCGAAUCGGCGCGGGCGCUCCAGCGGCGGCACGACGAGGUGACGGCACGUGAGGCGGCCGUCGCCUGCCGUGAAGCGGCGGUUGCAGUGGCCGAGAGCAGCGCCGCGCAGCAGCCGCCGGCGCCGGACGAGCCACUUUUGCGCGCUCUCCUGGCAGCUGAGGCUUCUCGCCUCUCUGCGCGUGGCCGCGAGGCGCUCGAGGCACGCGCCGGUGCUCACGUGGAGCGGCUGGAGCGGGUCGCUUCGCUUCUCAACCGCGCGCUCGCAACCGCGCUCCUCCUCCCGACGGGGGCGGCGGCACCGCUGGACGGAGCGAGCCUGGACGACGCCGCGUUCGGCGGCGCGGUCGACCUGUGCGUCUCUUUGCCUCUGGACGACCCUGCCGCGGCUAGUGAGGAGACGCGCUCCUCCUCCCUUUCCGUCGCGACGACCGCGACGGCGGUGACCGCUGCUGCGGCCGGGACCGUUCCUGCGGCGGCGCGGGUUCUGCCGGCGCUGCUCCUGCUGCGCCUCUCGCUGCGCCAAGCCGGCGAGGCGGGAGGGGCGGGAGGCGGCGGCAGCGGUACGUUGGUGAGCGAUGCUGUGGCGGCGGUGCGGGCGCUGCAGCUCGAGGGAGGGGAGGAGGAGUCUGCUUGCGCGGCUCGCGGCGAGCUGCUGUCGCUCGGACUCGCAGAGCUGGUCGAGGCCGCAGGCUGUGGCCACCCGCCGCUCGCGAUGGCGUCGUCCGCCUCUCUCCUCGCGCUGCUCGCCGCGCCACGGCCCGUCGCCGAGGCGGCGGUGGAGGCACUCUGCACGCCGCGUUUCUUCCGGGUCGCAGCCAGGGUGAUUUCGCGCGACGGCGCAUCGCGCGACGGCGACGAGUCUCUGGCGGCGCGUCUGUGCGUGCUGCUGCAGCGGCUGUCGCUGCGGCCGGCGGCACGCGCGUUCUUCCACGCACCAGAGCUGCGCGGCGCGCUCGUCGGGCUGCAGCACAUCGGCCCGAGCGCGCCCUUUCUUACCGCCAACGUCCGGUCGGUGCUGAAGAACACGAAGAGAUAUCACAUUGCGCCACCUACUAGACAGGACACAUAG